UUAGGGUUGACUCUGUGUGAUUUUUUAAAUGAUCUUAUUGUUUUCUUGGAAACUGGGGAAUUCCAUGAACAACACUGGGAAUUAUAUCUUGCAGAUGCUUUCAGCGCUUUUUUUUAAUCGGUUGAAGUCCUCGUCUAUUGAAGCCCUCUCUUCCUCUAAAACGAGACUGAAAAGUUUGAGCGUAGCCGCUUCUGGGAAAUGUUUGCUACUGAAAUACACAUGGACUUUUAACAUACUUACAUUGUAUCUUCCCAGGUAUUAAUGUUAGUCUGACUGGUCUGCAGUUUCCUGGAUUUGUUUCCCCCUCCCUCUUUUGAAGAUGGGAACCGCAUCAGCUUUUUUCCAGUCUGGUAGUUCCUGGUAAUUCAAGAUCUUUGAAAGAUAUGGUUCAGUGGUUCUGAGAUCACAUCUGCCAGCUUCCUUCAGAACUGUGGCAUGUAACCUAUCAGGUCCUGGUGAUUUGAAGUUGUCUAGAGCAGACAGACAAAGAGGAUACCAGGAAGAGAAUGCCAGACAAGUGAGAAUCUAAACCAGCAUUAAAAAAGAAAGAAAAUGAAGCCAGCAUUGAAAGUCGUUUCCGCCUCCUCCAGAAAACUACAAAAUUCUUCGUCCUCAGGAAGGUGUCAGACAAAGGAGAGAAUAACGGGAAGAUAAUUUUGAGCUGGAAAAAACUGAGUCUGGGGAACUCAAGGAAACACCCCCGAAAAAGGUAAAGAGGGGAUAAUUUGCAAAUUCAGAAAAAGGGAAAUAAUCCAGAAAUCAGUGGGAAGGAAGAGAUCAGUUCUAAAAUGACAUUGGACAGCCAGUCAUGCAAGCCUUGCCCUGUUAAGAAAGCAUAGCUUGAAUGAAAGCAACAUCCAAGAAGGGAUCCAAAAUAUUUUUGACCUUGAGAAUCCAAAAAUACCAUUAGUGGAAAAGCACCAUAUAUAUGCAGAUGUGGGAAAUGUACAGAUUGCAGAUCACACCUGAUUAUACACAAGAGGAACCGCACUGAAGAAAAGCCCACCCUCUGUCCUCAGUGUGGCACAAGCUUUAGGAAACAUGCUACCCUACUGACACAAAAGAGGCCUGAAAUGGGGGAGAAAUCAUUUGGUUGUUCUGAUUGUGGGAAAACUUUCAGUCGGAAUUCUCACCUGGUAACACACCAGAGGACACACACAGGAGAGAAACCCUUUGAGUGUCCAGAUUGUGGGAAAGGCUUCAGUCAAAAUUCCCACCUGGUGACACACCAGAGAAUUCACACAGGAGAGAAACCGUAUGAGUGUUGGGAUUGUGGAAAAAGUUUCAGUCGGAAUUCCCACCUGGUGACACACCAGAAGACUCACACAAGGCAAAAAGUGUAUGAGUGUCCAGAUUGUGGGAAAGGUUUCAGUCACAAUUCCAACCUGGUGAUACACCAGAGGACUCAUACAGGAGAGAAACCAUAUGAGUGUCCCAAUUGUGGGAAAAGUUUCAGUCGUUUCAGUCAUAUUUCCAUCCUGAUGAUACAUCAGAGGACUCACACAGGGGAGAAACCAUAUGAGUGUCCGGAUUGUGGAAAAAGUUUCAGUCAGAAUUCUGCCCUUGCAGUACAUCAGAGGAUUCACACAGGAGAAAAACCCUAUGAAUGUUCAGAUUGUGGGAAAAGUUUCAGUCAUAAUUCCAAUCUUGUGAAACACCAGAGGACUCACAGAGGGGAGAAACCAUAUGAGUGUCCAGACUGUGGGAAAGGUUUCAGUCAUAAUUCCAACCUGAUGACACACCAGAGGACUCACACAGGAGAGAAACCAUAUGAAUGUUCCAAUUGCGGGAAAAGUUUCAGUCAGAAUUCCAACCUUGUUAAACACCUGAGGACUCAUAAUCCGGAGAAACGGUAUGAGUGUCCAGAUUGUGGGAAAUGUUUCUUUCGUAAUUCCAACCUGAUGAUACACCAGAGGGCUCACAGAGGAGAGAAACCCUUUGAAUGUCCUGAUUGUGGGAAAAGUUUUAGUAAUAAUUCCAACCUUGUAAAACACCAGAGAACUCACACUGGAGAGAAACCCUAUGAGUGUCCAGAUUGUGGGAAAAGUUUCAAUCAGAAUUCCAACCUGAUGAUACACCAGAGGACUCACACAGGGGAGAAACCGUAUGAAUGUCAGGACUGUGGAAAAUGUUUCAGUUGGUAUUCUGGACUGGUGAUACAUCAGAGGACUCACACAGGGGAGAAGCCAUAUGAAUGUCCUGACUGUGGGAAAGGUUUCAGUACUAGGACUAACCUUAUAAAUCAUGUAGGCUUACACACAGGUGAGAAACCUUUCAAGUGCCCAGAGUGUGGAAAGUGCUUCUCACAAACGUCUACCCUUAUUAAACACCAGAGGACUCACAUGGGGGAGAAACCAUAUGAGUGUCUAGAUUGUGGGAAAACUUUCAGUCGGAAUUCUCACCUGGUGAUACACCAGAGGACUCACACAGGGGAGAAACCAUAUGAGUGUCCGGAUUGUGGAAAAGGUUUCAGUCGGAAUUCCAAUCUGACGAUACAUCAGAGGAUUCACACAGGAGAGAAACCAUAUGCGUGUUCAGACUGUGGCAAAAGUUUCAGUCAGAAUUCCAACCUGGUGAUACACCAGAGGAUGCACACAGGACAGAAACCGUAUGAGUGUCCAGAUUGUGGGAAAGGUUUCUGUCAGAAUUCUGACUUGGUAAUACAUCAGAGGACACACACAGGAGAAAGACCAUAUGAAUGUCCAGAUUGUGGAAAAAGUUUCAUUCAGAAUUCUGACCUAGUGAUACAUAAGAGGACUCACACGGGGGAGAAACCGUAUGAGUGUCCUGAGUGUGGGAAAGGUUUUAGUCGGAAUUAUGCACUGGUAUUACAUCAGAGGAUUCAUACUGGGGAGAAACCAUAUGAGUGUCCAGGUUGUGGGAAAUCUUUCAGUCGGAAUUCUGAUCUCGUGACACACCAAAGAACUCAUACUGGGGAGAAACCUUAUGAUUGUCUGGAUUGUGGAAAAAGUUUCAGUAGGAAUUCCCACCUUGUGCUACACCAGAGGAGUCACACAGGAGAGAAACCAUAUGAGUGUCUGGAUUGUGGAAAAAGUUUCAGUCGGAAUUCUGGCCUGGUGAUACACCAGAGAACUCACACUGGGGAGAAACCUUAUGAGUGUCCGGAUUGUGGGAAAACUUUCAACCGUAGUUCCCAUCUGGUGAUACACCAGAGGACUCACACAGGAGAAAAACCAUUCGAGUGUCCCGAAUGUGGGAAAACUUUCAGUCGGAAUUCUGAGGUCGUGAUACAUCAGAGGACUCACACAGGGGAGAAACCGUAUGAGUGUCCGGAUUGUGGGAAAUGUUUCAGUCAGAAUUCCCAUCUGGUAGUGCACCAUAGGACUCACACAGGAGAAAAACCAUAUGAAUGUCCGGAAUGUGGGAAAGGUUUCAGUACUAGAUCUAAACUUAUAAAUCAUUUAGGUUUACAUACAGGGGAGAAACCUUUCAGAUGCCCAGAGUGUGGACGGUGUUUCACACAUUAUUCAUCCCUAAAGGCACACACGAAAAUCCACAUGAGGCAGACAUUGAUGAGUGUAGAAAAACCCUGAUUUUCAUUUCUGAUUUCCCAUUGGGAAUGCAAAUCAACAAUUUAAUUUUUGGCCUUAUUCUCUUUAGUGAAUCAUGUCUCAGUAUUGGACAUAAGGGAGGAGAGAAAAAUGGAAAAUUUUACUUUCGUGAAGGCUAACUACCUGUAUCUGACUAUCAGCAGAGUGUAGUGGAUAAUCAGUUUUGCAGAAACAGUGCAAUUGCCACACAAAAGCGUCUGUGUUGGUUUUUUGUUUUGCAUAUUGAUCAUCAUAGAUCAUAGAAAUGCCCCAGGCAGAAUUUGAGUUUUCUAUCUGGAUGUCUUCCAGAUUUCAGCCCCAGAGUUUUCUAGCCAGUAGAGACUUUGCAGAAUGGUAUGGAAUGAUAGUCAAGAUUGCUAUGAGGCCCUAGUAAUCUACAUAUCAUAAAUAAUGUACUACUCUAUAACAUAAUAAGAGCACCCAGAUUUAUUUAGAGUUUGUGGAUUGUAAAGAUGAAGAAAAUGAAAGGAGACGUAGAGAGUAUUCGGGAUUCAUCUUUUCCUAACACCUCCAAAAAUCAGUUCAGCUUUAAUCCCUGUUCAGAUUUGCUCUAAAAUUGGGGCUCUGAUUUUUCAAAAAUUCCCUACUAGUAAAGAGAGAAAAAGUACUUGGAGUAAGCAUUUAGCUAUGCAGUUGAAUGAUCCUGAUGUUGCUGAAUUUAGAAGACACCAAAGAAUUCAAGAUUGUUUCUUUUCAUGUCUUCUUUUUGUGGAUAAAAAACGUUCCGCCUGUCGUGUUGGAUGCUAGAAAACAGUGGUGAUCUCCAAUUUAUGACUGAAGAGCCAGCAUUGUCCAAAGACACUUCUAUUAUCAUGUGGCUGGCAAAACUAUAUGCCGAAAGCGCACAGAAAAUUCUUCCCUUCCCACUGAAGUGGUAUCUAUUUAU